AUGGGAACCAAUGGGGAUAUUCCAACACUAGUUGUACUUGUGUUGGGCGAUUCUAGUGUGGGCAAAACUUCAUUUGUGCAUAUGGUCUGUCAUGAUCAGCCAUUGUCAACACCACCACCUGUCACCGUUGGUUGUCAUAUUGAGAUCAAGUUGUAUGAAAGACGAGAUCGACAUCAUAAUCCGAAUCUCUAUUUUAUUGAAUUCCAUGAUGUGGGCGGCAGUGUACAGCAUAAAAAUAGUCGAUCAUCUAUGUUUUAUGAUGAAUUUAAUGGUAUUAUACUGGUAUCUGAUUUAACUAGCCAUCAAUCUUAUGAUAAUCUUAAAGAAUGGCUUUAUGAAGUUAUUCGUUAUCGUUCACGACAAAAACUUCCAACAGAAUUUACACCAGAUGUAUUACAAAAUUUCGAUAUACCAAUUCUAUUAGUUCAUACAAAACUCGAUGAAUCCAAUGGAGUAUCAUUACUAGACAAUAGUAAAUCCCCAAAUGUGAUGAAUAAUAAUCAUACAUCUUCAUCAAGUAGUCUGUUACCAAAUUUUAAUCGUAAAUCAGUACUAGCCAAUUUAUUUAACUGUGAUGAAAUAUUUAUUAAUUGUUAUUCAAAUAAACGAUUUUCAGUUGAUACGCCUAAUGUAACUAAAUUGAAUUCGUUUUUUGAAAAAAUGAUUAAAAAAGCAUCAGUAGAGCCAGUAGAACAACUUCCACAAUUUGAAUGGUUUACUUCUGAAAAUCAUUAUAUUCACUAA